UGCCUAGGGGGCUCGUCUUCACUAACGCGCAGGGUUCCUGAGGCACCCGCUUCCGUAGUGGCCAGUCGUCCGUCGCAGCUUCCUGCGCGUCACGUCCGGUUCCCUUCCAUGCCUGUGUGCCCGGAAUCUAAAGCGUUUCGUACUCUGCCAGCGGGCCGCCAGGGGGUGUGUAGCCCUGGCCGUUGGCUCUGGAGGCGACCUGGCAGGAUCGUCCGUGGGCAUGGGCGGAAGGCACUGAAUAAACUCCAGUGGCACCCCUCAGAACUGAGCUCCAGCGGGGACUGGGAUCACCCCGUCCUGGAGUCAGCCCAGGUCAAGUCAGAGACGGUUGGCACCGGGCGCCCAGGUAGCGGACUUCGCAGGGCUGGACGCACAGGCCAAGAGUUUCUUAUCUCUGUAAUGGAUGUGGAUUGUGGGCUGGGAAGACAGAACUGGACCAGGACUGGGGUUUGACUACAUAGCCCUGUUAGAUUGGAACUCAUUACGUGGAACAAGCUAGCCUUGAUGUCACAGAGCUCUAUCUCCCUCUACCUCCGAAGUGGUGGGAUUAAAGGGCUCCUUUGUCUGCACACUGCCUCACCAGAGAACAAGGACCAGUUGCCUAGAAUGUUGUGAAUUCCUGAUGAAAGCUAAGUGAAAUGAUUGUCCUGAGAGAAAGAGAUGGUUGAGCAAGGCCUUUGCUUCCUCACUUUGCUGGAGACAGUCAUGUUGGGGUCCACAUUCAUGCAGACCAGGACUGCCGCCUCCUCCUCCAGCUGUGUCCCUCUGCCUGUGCAGUCACUUUGAUCCAUGUGGUCCAUCCCUGAGAUUCACUUCUCACAAGUGUCCUCAGCAUGUCAUCAGCAAAAUCCCAAGCAUUGGAGGAGACAGUACCCAGCUGCGAAGAAGAGCUGAGAGGAAAAACACUUCUCCCAUGGGGCCCCCUUUUUGGUCACCGGAGUGAGAAGAUUGUCUUUACCAAAGGUGAUGGCAGUCCAGAAGAGAGCCUGCUCACUGUCACCAUCACAGAGACUACUGUCAUUGAGUCAGACUUGGGUGUGUGGAGUUCACGGGCUCUCAUCUACCUCACACUGUGGUUCUUCUUCAGCUUUUGUACCCUGUUUCUCAACAAGUACAUCCUGUCCCUGUUAGAGGGAGAGCCCAGCAUGUUAGGUGCUGUGCAGAUGCUGUCAACGACAUUAAUUGGAUGUGUUAAAAUAUUUGUUCCUUGCUGUUUAUAUCAACACAAAACCCGGCUCUCUUAUCCACCCAAUUUCAUCAUGACUAUGCUCUUUGUGGGCCUCAUGAGGUUUGCGACAGUGGUUUUGGGGCUGGUCAGCCUGAAGAAUGUGGCAGUAUCCUUUGCGGAGACUGUGAAGAGCUCUGCUCCCAUUUUCACUGUGAUCAUGUCUCGGAUGAUUCUGGGGGAGUACACAGGGCUGUUGGUCAACCUGUCCCUUAUCCCAGUCAUGGGAGGACUAGCGUUGUGCACCGCCACUGAAAUAAGCUUCAACAUCCUGGGGUUUUCUGCUGCAUUAUCCACCAACAUUAUGGAUUGUUUGCAGAAUGUUUUUUCAAAAAAGCUUCUCAGUGGGGACAAAUACAGGUUCUCGGCCCCAGAACUGCAAUUUUACACCAGUGCUGCUGCUGUGGCCUUGCUGAUUCCAGCAUGGACCUUCUUCAUGGAUGUCCCAGUGAUUGGCAGGAGUGGGAGAAGCUUCAGCUACAGCCAGGACAUCGUGCUGCUGCUGCUGACAGAUGGUGCCUUGUUCCACCUUCAGAGUGUCACUGCAUAUGCCCUUAUGGGAAAGAUAUCCCCUGUGACUUUCAGUGUCGCCAGUACUGUGAAACACGCCUUAUCUAUCUGGCUCAGCAUCAUCGUUUUCGGCAACAAAAUCACCAGCCUGUCUGCCGUCGGCACCAUCCUUGUCACAGUGGGUGUCUUGCUCUACAACAAGGCCAGGCAGUAUCAGCAGGAGACCAUGCAGAGUCUAGCCACAGCCACUAGCCGGGCCCCAGAGGAUGACACAGAGUCGCUGGUUCCACAGGACUCUAGACAGCACCACUGAGCUCCUUCUGAUGCUAUGUCCCCUGGAAACCAGGCUUGGACUGUCCCCCUGUACUAUAUGCUGGAAUAGAGAGGCAGACUAUGUGGUCAUGUCUCUUGCUCCUCACUCAACAUCGGGUGAGGAAUUUGGGGAUCAGCUUCUGCCUGACAGAGCCCUGCAGGAGGAAGCAAAUGGCCUGCAGCUACCCUGGCACACUGCCCAGGCUACAACUGGGCCAAUGACUCGGUGGGCCAACUGUGGAUUAAGCACAGGUUCCAGUACCAACAUGAACUGCUCUCUGCUUGAUGCCAUCCAAGAGACCUCAGCUUUCUUAUGCCCACCACCACCACCACCACCACAGGCACUAAAGCCUCCCGGUUCGUGACACUCUGUGAAACAGAAAUCUCAGAUGCCAAUGACUCUCGCACGGAGCCACAAAACCCUGGGAAACCAGAGUUGCAGACAGAAUGGAGACAAGUGUCUCCUUCCACAGAGGGACAGUGCUUGUGUGAAGGGAGAGUCUCCCCUUUGGGGCCUGUGCUACACUGAUCUAUCCCACUCCAGGUUUGCUGUCUCAUGUUUCUGCUACCCUUUUGGUCAUUUAUCCAACUCUGGGAAGUAGGCGAUGGAUCUCUAAUUAGAACAGGUGCCCUGGAGUUCUUUUCCAUCUUGGGUAUGAUGAAUGUGAAGCAGGCUGUUUUAAAUGGCAUAGUUGACCACCACAAUUCCCCUUCAGGAUGGAUAGUAGGAAAGUUUAGCAGAGAUGUUUACAGGUUAUGGUGCAUUUAAAGUAACGCCGCUUUUUAACAGAGCAGGCCCCUGUAAAAGCUUCUGGAGUAUCUGCAUGUAAGGUGAAUGAGUCUGUGUACACAGCGGCCUCUUCCCAGGGAUCAUAGGUGUCACUUGCUGAGCCACCAGGUGCCCAGAGCCUGUCCCUCCUCCCAGGGUCACUAGUGUCAGAGCUCAGGGUAUCUGAGUAGUGGAGGACCGUAGUGGAGGCUUGGGCAGCAUGAGAUGCUGAGGUUCUUCUAUCUUAUCAUUUUGUGGGAUCUAAUGUAUGGUGCAAUCCAUGGCCAGCCAGUCUUUAAGACGCUCUCCAUUGACCCAAACUCUGAGACUUACUAGCCUUAGCCACUGGCACUUCUUGUUCCAAGUCUCACUUCACGUCCCUGCUGUACAUCUUCAGUGCCCAUGGUGGUUCACUUUCCAAGUUGGACUCCUUGCUUGGAAAAUAUGAAAAUAGCCCCACAAAGAGAUAGAUUGAGGUAAAAAGAGCAAUAAUUAUGUCUAAGUUUAUUUACUUGAAAAAGUCUGGUAUGAUGAUGGAUCAAAAUGAGGCCUUUAUAUCUAUAAGCCACCUGUUAAAAGACGCUGACUUGUGUUCUGGACACAGGCUAGUGUGUUCUCCCUGUGCAGUGUCAGGUCAGCUCCACUGUGAAGGAGUUCUCUCCUUUGACUUUGCCCAGGUUUCUAGGUCCUUCCUCUUUGCUUUUCCCAAAAUAAAGAUGCAAUGGAGGGUAGAUGAUGGAUGUUGGAUUAAUCUGUACAUUAGGCCUGUCUACUCAAGAAUCUGGGUGUGGAGCUACUGACACACACAGAAAGGCACAUGCUUGUGGGCAUUGGUUGGAAGAUCCCUCUGGCCUUCCUACAGACCUUGACUAAUUAUGCUGAGAGCCCCAAAAGACUGGUUUCUGAGUAAUGUUUGUAAUUUCUGUCUGUGUCCCAUGUGGACAUGCUCUGUCUACCCCUCCCCACUUCACCAGCCUCACAGCUUGCUUUGAUUUUCUAAGUGUGGACUAGAAACAGAAACAGCAAUUUAUUGUAAAGCUGCUUUGAGACUUGUGCUCAUCAUAGGCAGAAAGAUCAUGGAAUCUGUACUAAAGCCAGCACCAGUACCCUGUCCAUCUUUACAUUCCAUCUACGUCAUUGCCACACACGGCCACUUCUUCCAGCAUCUCCAGGACAGGCAUGGAUUCAGAGUCCUGGAAGGACCCUGCUUGGCCAUUUGGUAUGACCAUACCAUCACAAUAUUUUUUUUAUUAACUUUGUGAGUACUUUUAUAGAAUUCUAUGUUCUUAAGAAUUGUCGCUGAUGUACAUGUAGAAAUAUCAACACCAGGUGUCAUUACUUGUGGUGGGUUAAUUCUUCCUGGGUCUGUGUCAUUGUCUGGUCUGUUUAAACAGAACACUGGAUGGAUCUUCUGAGCCAGCCAUCUGCUUACUCACUACACCCAUAGUUAAGAGACAUACAGAUUUCUGGAAGCCAGAUGCUGGUGGAACAAACCUUUAAUCCCAGCAUUCGGGAGGCUGAGCCAGGCAGAUCUCUG